AUGCUCUGCAAGGAGAAGCUCAACAUCGUGGUCGUGGCGUCCGAGUGCGCGCCCUUCGCCAAGACUGGCGGCUUGGGCGACGUCGCGGCGGCGCUUCCCAAGGGUCUUCAGGCCCGGGGUCAUCGAGUGAUGGUGGUGAUGCCCAGGUAUAAAAACUACGACGGUGCCAUCGACACCGGGGUUCGGAUCACGUUCAACGUGAUGGGUAACCAAGCGGAGGUCGGGUACUUCCACAUGCACAAGAACGGCGUGGACACCGUCUUCAUCGACCACCAGUGCUACCACUCCGUCGCCGAUAACAUCUACGCGGGUGACAGGCACGCGGCUAACUUCCGCAACGCAAUGCUCUGCCAGGCGGCCAUCGAGGCUGUCUGGCACGUGCCGUGCGGCGAAGACCGCACCCCGUACGGUGACAGCGACCUCGUGUACAUGGCCAACGACUGGCACACGUCGUUGCUCCCGGUGUACCUCUCGGCGUACUACCAGGACCACGGCAAGUUGCCGUACGCCAGGUCGGUGUUUGUCAUCCACAACAUGGCGUUCCAGGGCCGCGGUCCCCUCGACGAGUUCUACUCCCUGCAGCUUCCCGACCAUUACAAGGAGCACUUCUACCUCGACGACCCGUUCGGCGGCGAGUGCAUGAACCAGAUGCAGGCGGGACUGAAGUUUGCGUCCAAGAUUAUCGCCGUCUCCGCCGGAUACGCGUGGGAGAUCACCACCGACAUGGGCGGCUGGGGCCUCGCGCCCUUACUCCGCGAGCAGGGCGACAAGCUCACGGGCAUCGUCAACGGCAUAGACCUCGAGGAGUGGUCCCCGGAGUACGACAACUUCCUCGACGGCGACGGGUACACGCGGUACGCGCCCGACGCGAGCGGCUUUGACGGGAAGUUGGAGUGCAAGCGAGCGCUCCAGAGACAGCUGGGUCUGCCGGAGAGGGACGACGUGCCGCUGCUCGGGUUCAUCGGCCGGUUGGACCACCAGAAGGGCGUGGACCUCAUCACGGACGCCAGGCACUGGCUCAUGGGCCAGGAUGUGCAGCUCGUGAUGCUCGGCUCGGGCCGCGAGGACCUGGAGCAGUCGCUGCGAAGCAUGGAGAACGACCACAAGGACAAGUGCAGGUGCUGGGUCGGGUUCAGCGUCGAGAUGGCGCACCGCAUCACCGCCGGCUGCGACAUCCUCCUCAUGCCCUCCAGGUUCGAGCCGUGCGGAUUGAACCAGCUCUACGCCAUGAGGUACGGGACGGUGCCGGUUGUUCACGCGGUGGGCGGACUUCGGGAGACGGUUCGCCCCUACAACCCCCACACCAAGGAGGGCACGGGAUGGCAGUUCGACGAGGCCCUGACGAACAAGUUCCAGGAGGCUGUCGGAUGGGCACUCGGCACGUACAGGGAGGAUAAGGAUACGUUCAAGAAGAUCCAGCUGUCGGGCAUGCAGCAGGACCUCUCGUGGGGACUCGCCGCCGAGAGGUACGAGGAGAAGCUGAUUGAGGCCAAGUACUCCUGGUAA